CAGCUAAACCCUAGCCCCCUUCAUUCCUCCGUCGCCACCGCGCACAGGCACAGCCAUCAAUCAACCUCCUCGCUCGUCUCCCUCGCCGCCGGCCGCCUCGCCCCCACCGCUCUCCUCCUCGAUUAACCCAACAGAAAGGCUGCGAUUUUUUGCUGCGCCUCAGCCCGAUGGAGGACUCGCUGAAUGGGAUGAUCUCGGCGAUUUCCUGGGUGCCCCGGGGCGCCGCCAAGAAUGUACCGGUCGUCGCCGAGCCGCCCACGCAGGAGGAGAUCGACGAGGCCAUCAAAACCUUGGCCUUGGGCGGAGACGGCGGGAGCGAUGUCGACGAGGAUGAUGAUGCUGGCACCAUGGAGCUUGACGGCGCCGAGGCCGAGGAGGAGCUUGAUGAGGUCGCCCGGGCCAAGGCCGUCGCCAAGGCGCUCGCCAAGGGCUCCAGUCAGGUGGACGACGUCGCCGAUGAGCUUCGCGAGCUCAACAUGGAUGCUUACGACGACGAGGAAGAAGGAAUCGAGAUUUUCAGCUCCGGAAUGGGGGACCUGUACUAUCCCAGCAAUGACAUGGACCCCUAUCUCAACAACAAUAACGAUGAGGAUGACGAUGACGAUGAUGAGAUUGAAGAUAAGAUGAUCAAGCCUACUGAUUAUCUUCUUGUGUGUGCACACAGCGAUGAAGAUGUCUUUUCUCUUCAGGUCAACAUACUUGAAGAAACAGAGGAUGGUGAGCAAAAUAUGUUUGUGCAUCAUGAUGUUCCUCUCCCUGCUUUUCCGCUCUGCACUGCUUGGAUGGAUUUUAAUCUGAAGGGUGGUGACAAAGGGAAUUUUAUUGCUGUUGGAACCAUGGAUCCUGCUAUUGAAAUAUGGGACCUAGAUAUGGUUGAUGAGGUGCAACCUCACAUGGUUUUAGGAGGACUUUCAAAAAAGAAGAAGAAAGCAAAGGGCAAAAAGGGGAAAAAGUAUAAGAAGGGAAGUCAUAGAAAUUCUGUGCUUGGUCUUGCAUGGAACAAGGAAGUCAGGAAUGUUCUAGCUAGUGCAAGUGCGGACACAACUGUUAAAAUUUGGGAUUUAGCUGUUGGCAAAUGUGCAGUUACACUUGAACAUCAUGAUGACAAGGUUCAAUCAGUUGCUUGGUGCCCACAGUCACCUGAAGUUCUUCUCAGUGGAUCAUUUGAUAAAACAGUUGCCAUGAAUGAUAUGAAAGAUGGUGGACAGAGUUGCCAUAAAUGGUCUGUUGAAGCAGAUGUGGAAAGUUUAGCUUGGGAUCCACACAAUGAACAUUCAUUUGUGGUAAGUCUUGAAAAUGGGAUGGUUCAAGCUUUCGAUAAGCGAACAGCUUCAUCAAGUUCUUCUGGCCGAUCCACAUAUACUCUUCAUGCACACGAAAAGGCUGUUUCAUCCAUCUCCUUCAACCCAUCAGCCCCUAAUUUUCUUGCAACAGGCUCGACUGAUAAAAUGGUGAAACUCUGGGAUCUAUCAAACAACAAGCCAUCAUGCAUUGCCUCUCUGAAUCCAAAGCUUGGAGCUAUUUUCUCGGUAUCAUAUUCACAUGACAACCCCUUCUGGUUAGCCUGUGGAGGAUCAAAAGGCAAACUAAAGGUCUGGGACACACUAUCGGAGCCAGCGGUGGCUAAUAAAUUCGGCAGACAGAAAUGAAGGAAAUUUUAUGGCACUGAAAAGCACUGCUUGUGGCGCCACAAACACAAUAGAAUUUGAAAUCUGCUGGCACAAGUUUGUUCCCGGCGUACAAAUGUUUGGGUAGAUUGAAGUCGUAGGAGUUUUGUGCAUGUGAGAUGUAUGCCCAAUUUUGGUGAAUGAAUGAAAUCAAAGCAAUCACUUAUGUAUCCUAGAGCUUUUACAGCAAAUGAUGGUAGCCAAGGUUUUGGAGUGGAACUUUCAAGUAAUUACCUGUUGUGAGUUGUGA